AAUACUUACUAGUUAGCACAUUUAAUUUGUUUAGAAUAAUAUUAACACAAGUGCAAAAAUAUUUCGCUAGAAGAAUUAAAACUGUGCUAUAUUAUUCGUUAAGAUAAGAUUGGAUAUUCAAUAAUUGUCUUUUCUGUGUCUGCAAUUGCAAUGUCGUCCCCAAACGGUGAAGUGACUUAUCAAAUUUGUCAACGCAGCCUUCUCCAAGAGGCAAUGGCACCAUCGGCUCCGACAUUAGAAUCUGAUCUUCCAGAGAAUAUGGAGCACACGAUAAAAGAAGAUGGAAUGACUCCAUGCUGUGUCAGGAACCGGCUGAAGAUCGAAGCAGACAUCAAGAAAGCGCAGUUGCGUAAAGAACAGCUCACGAAAGAAAGGAAGAUUAUGGAAGAGGAGUUCAAGGUGAAAGACAUGUUGCUGGAUGCCGAGAUGGAACUGGCAAUAUCGUCACUCAAGUGCGCUGAAGAAGGAACCAGUACUAGCAAUAACAGCCAAGUUAAUUAUGUUGACCGAUUACCAAAUUGUGAAAGUAGUUUUGGUGCCCUUAACCAAGUACGUCAAGGAUGGUCCUUAUAUGCGAAAGAAACGAAACCAGAACCUAUAGGAUUAGAGUACUUAUCAGCACUUGACUCUCUCUGGAUACGGGAGGUGGCAUCACCGGCGGCGGACGAGUGGUACGAGGUGGUGGCUCCGGGGGAUGUGGUCAUCCUGCGGGUCAUCCUUUCCUACAGUUCAACUAAUACUUUCUUCGGGAGAAAGACUUCAAUCCAACUGGACAUUUUCGAUAACAAUGCGAAUGAGCUCAUCAACUUGCGUGCAGACUCCUCCGAGUACGUAAGGGUGUUCGUGUGUGGGGAACUGUUCGCGCUGAUCAAUCGGGCCUGGGCCUUCAGGCCUAUCCUGGUCAUCCGCAGCAGAGACUGCAUGCCCGUGCUGAAGGUCAAGGCACCACAUGCUAUAGAGAACAACAAAGUGAUCAGGGUGCAGACGGUAGACAAGCAGACCAUAGGCCGCUUGGACAAGUGCGGGGUGAAGUCUCCUGGCCACCACGCCUUCCUGACGUUCCCUCUCGAUCUCCACGCCAAGUACAAGGCCGCCCUCAUUGCCAGCAGCUUCCUCAUCGUUUCCGGGAUCACAAAGGAACUGCGCAAACGCAAACGAAGGGUCAAUAAUGGCGGUAGUUAAUUAAAAAGUGUUUGGAUGGACUUUAGAAGUGUGGAUGAGGAUGUCAGUUUUAUUAAAUUAUAAAAAAAAUAUUUCAUCAAAUUAAGAUUAAAAUAUAUUUGAACGCUGAAUGAUGAGGAAUGAUUGGUCUAUGGAGGAAACGAAAGGGAUGAAUGAGGAUUGAGACUGAGAAUGGUAGUUUAAAAGAGGAGUCUGUUGAUUGCAGAGAGUGUGUUGUGGACGACGU